AUGAGACCAUCUGCAGCGACCCGGCCGCGGAUCAGGCUUCCUGGUGGCGGCUGCUUCUUCAGUUCCAUAGCGGUGCUUGGCCUCUUGGUCAUGUACCAAAACAUCCGGUUCCUCUCCGUCAGGCUCUCCUCAUAUCCUUCGGAUACGGUGAAGGCCGCUGUGGGAGGAGAAGACGAUAUGGAUCCGUCUUCUGGAGUUUACCAUUCACGGAAGGUGUUCAAGAUGAACUACGAAGAGAUGGAGAGGAAGCUGAGGGUCUUUGUGUACCCAGGUGGGCACCGCACUCCGCAAAGGCUCACCGGCAAGUACGCAAGCGAAGGGUUCUUCUUCAAGAACAUUCGUGAAAGCCAGUUUGUCACGCUCAAUCCUGACAAGGCUCACCUCUUCUUUCUUCCCGUUUCUUGCCAUAAGCUGCGAGGCCAGGGAGUAUCCUGGGAAGGCAUAACCAAUGGGAUCCGAAAUUAUGUUCGGGCUCUGAUGCUCAGAUACCCUUACUGGAACAGAACACUUGGUGCGGAUCACUUCUUGACUUGCCAUGACAUUGGCUUGAGAGCGACAGAAGGCGUUCCACUUCUUGUAAAGAACUCGAUUCGUGUCGUGUGCUCUUCGAGUUAUAACAAUGGAUUUAUUCCACACAAAGAUGUCGCCCUUCCUCAAGUGAGGCUGCCAUUUUCUUAUCCUGCUGGCGGAAAUGAUGUGAACACCAGGCAUACGCUUGGUUUCUGGGCUGGACGAACUGAUUCCAACAUAAGAUCUGCGUUAACGACUGUAUGGAAAGGUGAUGCUGAACUUGAUAUCCAAAACAGCCGAAAGAAUGGAACUUCGGUGAAACAUAACAAGUUUUAUGGGGCUAAAUUCUGCAUUUGCCCUGGAAAGUCAGAAGUCAAUAGUCCAUGGAUAGCAGAUUCAAUCCGUUAUGGAUGUGUUCCAGUGAUUAUGUCUGACUACUAUGACUUGCCUUUCAAUGAUAUCCUGGACUGGCGAAAAUUCUCUGUCAUACUUAAGGAGAGUGAUGUCCAUCGGCUGAAGCACAUUCUUCAGAACAUUUCAGAUGCAGAAUUCGUGGCAUUGCAUCAGAACUUAGUUAAGGUCCAGAGACACUUCAUGUGGAAUACACCUCCGAAACGUUAUGAUGCAUUUCAUUUGGUCAUGUAUGAAGUAUGGCUUCGCCAUCACGUCAUCAAGUAUUGAUUUGUCCUCAUCCAUUUCAACUUUACUUCUGUACAUGAUGACAUUCUUCCACCACAGC